AUGGAGAAUCUCGUCAUCGUCACCGUCACCACCACCACCCUCGCCUCCACAUCCUCAAUGCUGAAUAACAGCAACAACAAGCAGGAGAAGAAUCUGAUGCAGUCAGGCUCAGGUGGUCACGAGAUAGUAUUUGACUUUGAGACGGCCGAGAAGAUCCUCUUCAUGGUUGCCUUGAUCUUCGACAUCCUAACACUGGUGGGCAAGACUGCCAUUAUGUUGGUGACCCGACUGGAUCUCUGUCUCCAUACGCCCAUGUACUUCGUCCUGUCUCAACGCUCCCUCAUGUACCUCUGCUUCCCCACCAGCAUCGUCCCCCAGCUUCUGUGGAACAUCCGGGGGCACUCCAAGACCAUCACCCUGGUCCAUUGUGUGGUACAGCUCUACGUCUCCCUGGCCCUGGGUUCGACGGAGUGCAUCCUUCUGGCCGUCAUGGCCUUGGACAAUCACGACGCCAUCUGCCGAUCCCUUCACUACACCACCAUCACGCACCCGCGACUCUGCUGGGCCCUGGUGGGCUUAGCCUGGCUCGGUCGGGUGGGGUACACCACGAUUCAGGCCACCGUCAUAUACCACCUGCCCCGCUGUGGACACCGGCGGCUUUCCCACUUCCUCUAUGAGAUGCUCACCAUGCUCAAGAUGGCAUGUGUGGACGUUCGGGCCAAUGAGAUCCAGCUCUUCGUGGACACCUUGGCCCUGACUCUCCUACCCUUCAACCUGAUCACGGUCUUCUAUGGGUCCAACACCCGGGCAGUGCUGAAGAUCUAG